AUGCGCAUUACAUGCGGUGCCCCGAACCGCAUUAGUGAGCAACAAUGAUGGCAAAAUGCUAUAACUCCUGGAAAUGCUUUCCACCCCGGUCACAUUCAUCCAGGGGGGGACUGACAACUCAUGGGGCCCCCGGGCAAUAGGGGAUCAUGGGGCCCCUGUGUCCUUGCCCAAACUCAAAAAAGCCUAUGAAAAAGGUACCAGGGGCAUCUCAUGGGGCCCCCUACUGACCCUGGGCCCUCGGGCAGUGCCCGAGUUUCCAAAUGGUCAGUCCACCCCUGCA